AUGUCGGGGCCGUUGGUCUCUAUACGGCUCAUUCCUGCCGAAGUAUUGGUCGAGAUAUUCUCGUGGUUGUCUGUAUUGGCACCUACCAACUUUGCCGCAGAGCACAUGCCGGGGUACAAGAAGCUGGAAUGGCUAGUCAUUACACAUGUCUGUAGCUUUUGGAGGAACCUUGCAAUCAAUAGUCCGAGCUUAUGGACACGUGUUGACACCACCAUGGGCCGUGAAUGGGUGCAGGCUUUCCUCACUCGAAGCAAGACAACAUCUAUCACCUUCAGCAAUUUCUGCCUACCUACUUCGGCCAAGGACACACGCAUCACCAUCGCGAACGAAAUUCUACCCGCCCAACUGGAGCGCAUGCAAGUUCUCAUGUUGCGACAGCCCCUUUCUGGCCCACCGCAUCCUGCUCUUCUACGCCCUGCACCACUUCUUGAGGUUCUGACACUCCUCGGCGACUUUUUAAGCCUAGCCGAGGGGGAGUGGGCCUUGUUCCAGGCCCCUCGACUGCGCCACGUGCAGGUCCUUUCGUGCUCGUCCUUUCCGUGGAAGUCAUUCCAUGUCCGCAACCUCUCCUCGCUGUGUCUAGCGCAAAAGUUCGAACGGCUUAUUGAUCAACACAGACCCGACCCUCAUGAACUCCUAGAAGCCUUACGAAGUACAGUUCAAUUGAAAAGACUCUGUCUUGAAGAGACGCUACCGCGUUUUGACGACGCUCACGUACAAGAUCUGGACCUUCCGAUGCUGCAAGUCCUCCGGAUACACGGACUUGUAUCCGAUGUCGUUGGGUUUCUUACGCACCUUCGCCCUUCUCACAUCGAAUUGGAUGUGUCGUGUCGUGGUUUGAAUCCCACUGACGAGUCGACCGACGCUCUGCUCCGUGUCCUCGCCACACAUCAGACUGCUUUUGACGACAAGCCUUUUCAGGCUGUCUGUCUAACGACGCGUCUCUCGAUCCGCUCACCUUGGGCAUACGUGCAUGCUGCACGGGAGAUUGUUGGCCAUGAGUGGCAACCACCGCUCCACUAUCCCCGAGAGUACUUCGUCGAAGACACCGACGCUGCACGCCGCCGUGGAUGGGAGCUGGAUCCCCGCUUUCGUGGAUAUUGCGACAGUCCUCUGACACAGUCAUUCUCAUUGACUCUCAACUUCACCCGACUAUCCGAUGGUGUCAAGGAUGUCGUUGACAAGGCUACCCACAGCCUACUUUUACAAACCGCUCAACUAUUGGUCUACGACCAGGUCGUGGACCCGGCGCGCGACAUCCUCCCGCCGGAGACACUCAACCGCCCAUUCACGUACUUCCCCAACGUCAGACAACUUCGCAUCGGGCACAACAUCUUCGCAUCGUUCAUCAGAGCGCUCAACGCGCAAGACAUGCCCAAGCUCGAGGAUAUCUACUUCCCGGACUUGACGCCGGCGUAUUGGCAGAACGUGAUGGGGAGCUUGGCGAAGAUCAACCAGUUUGUCUCGGAUCGCGACAAGAUGGGACGACGAGUACGCUCUCUGUAUCUCAAAGAUAAGGGUGCACAUGUGAAGGCAUGGGGGAAUGUUGGGAAAGGUGGCACCAGGAUCCCCCCUAGACUGGCUCACAUAGUGAAGGAACUGGCUUGA